AAUGAAGAAAUUGGAGAAGAAAAAGUUUGUAAAGUUUUAAAGGAUAAAGAUGGAAAUCAUAUUGAACCAGAUUCAUUUAGACGUCUUAAUAAGAAAAGACAAAGAAGAGAAGAAGAAGUCCAUACAAGAACUCCAACUUAUCCAGUUGAAUAUGGAGAUGAAACAAAUGAAGAUAAAACUAAAAGAUAUGCCAAAUUUUGGGCUUACAUUGAGAAUAUCAACAAGCACAAGCCAGGAUAUCUAGAAACUCUACAUUUAUGGAAUUUAGGAAAACUUGAACACAGAUAUUUCUCCAACAAUGGUAAACAAGAGUGUUGUGGAUGUAAAAGACAGAAUGAAACAAUAUAUCAUGUUUUUGAAAAAUGUGAAUUCACACAUUAUUUAUGGGAACAUUUAGGUUUUAAACGUGUUGCUAGCUCACCAUUUAGUUUAACAGAACUAACAACCCCAACUCAUGAAUUCACAGAAAAUGAAAAAGUCCUAAGAAAAAUGUCUCUCUGGAUAGAUGCUUUGAUACAAACUCGUAUCACUAGAAAGAAUGACAGAACAUGUGAAGAAGCUGUUUCAGCUACCAAAUACAAGAUGAGAAGUAUUCAACAAAAGUAUGGUUUUAGAGGUGAAUGGAGAUGA